AUGCUGAUGACAAGGCUCAAACCUUUUCGCUUUAAGCAAACUCAUUUCCAGCAAAAAUGGGCGGCCAAGUCACUCACCCGAGGCUACCACGGCGCCAACAUCAAGGAGUCCGACUGGUCUCGCAUGUUCUCUCGCCGCCUUUACUCUGCCGUUGACAUGCCCCCGGCCUACCUCGCCAAGUACGACGGCUCCGAACAGGCUGGCGGCCGCGGUUCCGGCCGCAGAGACCUGGAUGUCAACGCCGGCUCGUUCUCCCGCUCCGAGAAGGAGCGCAAACAGCGCAUCAUCUCAGACAAAGAGGACAGUCUUCCUUAUGUCCACCCUGUCCAGGCCAGGAGGGACGACUUCGCAGAACUCCUAGGCAAACCCGUUAGGCAUAUUACGCCCUACAUGCAAAUGGCGUUUGCGCCGCUCGAGAGGAGACUAGACGUGGCCAUCUUCCGUGCCAUGUUCGCCAGCAGUACCCUCCAGGCGAAGCAAUUCUGCACACACGGCGCCGUCAAGGUCAACGGCAAGACGAUGCGCUAUGGUGCCUACCUCCUGAACCCAGGCGACAUGUUCCAAGUCGACGUAGACUCCGUUCUCUAUGCCACUGGCCGACCCAAGACCCCCUUACACGCAAAGUGGCUCGCCGGCGAAGACUAUGAAACUCUCCGGGCUGCAAAGAGGGAGGAAUACCGUAACAAGAACGACAGCUCAGAAGCAGCUGCUGAAGCCCCGGCUGAGGCCGAAGCCGAGGCCUCCGAAGAGAAAGUCGAGGCUGAGUCUGCAGCCAAGGCCGAGGCCGAGGAAGCAGAUGGUGAGGGCGAGGGCGAGACAGCCGAGGCCACAGAGGAGCUCACUGAGGAGCAGCGCGCUGCGCAGCAGAAGAAGCAGCUCAAGGGCCUCAUCAGCUCCGCCAAGGCACUCCUCUACGACGGCAACGGCCUCAACCCUCGCAAGAAGCGCCAGCUCCGCGCCUUCACGAGCGAGGUCAAGCGCGCCCUCUCUCAGGCCGGCCGCACCGCCGAGAGCGCCACCAUCAGCCCCGACAACGUCAUUGACCACCUCUCCUCCAUGCUCAAGGACUUCAAGCUGGAGGGCAACCAGGUCGAGGCCAUCAUUUCCCCUGAGCAGGAGCAGCAGCAGCAGGAGCAGCAAGAGUUAGAGAAGGCGGAGCAAAAGGUCAGCGCCAAGAAACAAGAGACCAGGGACACCAUCAAGGAGCUCAUCACCAGCGACGAGGUGCGCGAGGCUGUCAAGGGCCUGUCCCUGGCCGAGCAGACGGCUCUCGCAAGCCUGCUCCGCACCAACGCCGAGAACCCCAUCGACGAGUCCAAGCCGUACUGGACCCCCUGGGAACCCCGCCGCUACAUGACCCCCUUCGCCUUCAUCCCUCGCUACCUCGAGGUGAACCAGAACAUCUGCGCCGCCGUCUACCUCCGCCACCCCGUCGCCCGUCGUGGUUUCGCCGAGGUGCCCACACCCUUCUCUUACGAGACAAACCAGCUUGCCUUUAACUGGUACUUGAGGAGGCGGUAG